AUGGGCUUCGCUUUGAAGAGGCCAGAUGAUGCCGUGGGCUCUGCUGCCCCGGCUAUUCUGAUUGGAUUGUUUGUUGCAUUCGGUGGUGUUCUUUUUGGAUAUGACACAGGUACCAUCAGCGGUAUCCUUGCUAUGCCAAAAUGGCGAGAAAUGUUCUCAACUGGCUACAUCAACGAGAAGGAUCACAUGCCCGAUGUCACAUCGGAGCAAUCAUCAAUGAUUGUCUCUCUCCUCUCGGCGGGAACUUUCUUCGGUGCCCUCGGGGCUGCCCCCAUCGCUGAUUACUUCGGUCGACGAUGGGGUAUGAUUUUGGAGUGUGUCGUCUUCGUCUUCGGAGUCAUCCUCCAGACCAUCGCAACAUCUAUCCCCCUCUUCGUAGCCGGCCGUUUCUUCGCUGGUCUGGGUGUCGGUCUCCUGUCCGCAACAAUCCCUCUCUACCAGUCCGAGACCUCGCCCAAAUGGAUCCGUGGUACAAUCGUCGGCGCCUAUCAACUCGCCAUCACAAUCGGUCUCCUGCUGGCCGCCAUCGUUAACAACGCUACCAAGGACCGUGAUGACACCGGCUGCUACCGUAUCCCCAUCGCUGUCCAGUUCGCCUGGGCCAUCAUCCUCGUUGUCGGCAUGCUGAUCCUCCCCGAAACCCCUCGCUUCCUGAUCAAGCAAGAUCGCUACGAGGAAGCCACCAAGGCCCUCGCUCGUCUCCGCCGCAUGGAAGUGAACGACCCCGCCGUCGUCGCCGAACUCGGUGAGAUCCAGGCCAACCAUGACUACGAAAUGAGCCUCGGAAAGGCUACCUACCUCGAGAUCGUCCGUGGAACCCUCGGCAAGCGUCUCGCGACCGGCUGCGCAGUCCAGGGUCUGCAGCAGCUCGCUGGUGUCAACUUCAUCUUCUACUACGGCACAACCUUCUUCCAGAACUCCGGAAUCAAAAACUCCUUCGUGAUCACCCUGAUCACUAACAUUGUCAACGUCGUCUCCACCUUCCCCGGUCUAUACAUGGUCGAGAAAUGGGGUCGCCGUCCUCUCCUCAUGUUCGGUGCUGUGGGCAUGUGCGUCUCUCAACUGAUCGUCGCGAUCGUGGGCACAGCGAUCGACAACGAUGUGUCGAACAAAGUCCUCAUCGCCUUCGUGUGUAUCUACAUCUUCUUCUUCGCCAGUUCCUGGGGUCCGGUCGCCUGGGUCGUGACAGGUGAACUGUUCCCACUUAAGGCUCGUGCUAAGUGUCUCUCCAUUACCACCGCCACCAACUGGCUGCUCAACUGGGCUAUUGCCUACGCUACUCCUUACAUGGUGAACAGCGGCCCCGGUAACGCCAAUCUCCAGGCUAAGGUGUUCUUCAUCUGGGGUGGGUUCUGCUUUAUCUGUGGUAUCUUUGUUUACACCUGCAUCUAUGAGACCAAGGGUCUUUCGCUCGAACAGGUUGAUGAGCUUUAUUCUAAGGUUCCCCGUGCUUGGAACUCCGUUGGCUGGGUUCCUUCAGUCAACUACACUGAGCAGCUUGAGAUCGAUGCUGGGGAGAAGAAGGCUGAGGCUGCUACGCACCACGAGAGUGUUAAGGCUGAGGCUUGA